UCAUCUAGCUAUAUCGAUCGCCUCUUGAUGUAUUUAUUUUCCUAAUUUUGAUGGCUAUCAUGUCGCUACUCAUUUCUUUAUCCUCCAAACUUUCCCGGAAACAACCAAGCUCACUUAAUUAAUUACACAACUCAAUUUCUCCUAUACUGCUUCCUCUUUGCCAAAAUGAACUGCCCAGUUUUUUCGCUAUCUCCUUCCCCUUCAGUUUUUGUUAUUGUAUUGUUGCUCUUCGUUCAGGUUCCUUCAUCUGUCAGCAACAGUGCCCUGUUCAAUGACUGUAGUAAUAAGUUUGUGUGUGGGAAUAUUUCCGCGGAUUUUCCUUUCUGGGGAACUGGCAGACCACCUGCCUGUGGGAUUCCUGAAUUGGAGCUCAAGUGUGAGACUAAUAUCGCCAAGAUGAAUAUUAAUCAGGUUGCGUAUCGUGUUUUGGACAUCAAUCAGGAUGAUGGAAUUCUCAGGAUUGCAAGAGAGGACUUCUUGGUUGGAUUGUGUCCGCCUGAAUUCGUGAACAGCACCUUCAAUCCGAAGGUUUUCGAGUCUGUUGAGGGUUACACAAAUCUUACAUUUAUUUAUGGUUGCAUGGCUGCUCCUACGCCCAUUCUUGUUCCUGGACUAUUCACUUGCAAAAUAAACGCGGUAAAUUAUCAAAGUGGUUAUAUCCAAGCAGGAGCUACUGGUCCUGGCGACUGUUAUGGUAGUGUCUUUGUGCCAAUUUCCAUUACAGAUUUGUCACCAGUCGUUAUUAUGCCAGAUUUGGAACAAAGCUUGAAAGAAGGAUUUGAGGUAAGAUGGAAGGUCGAUGGUGAGGCUUGCAGGGAAUGCAACAGCUCUUCAGGAGUUUGUGGUAUUGACUCUGUCACUAAUCAAACAACUUGUUACUGUCUGAAUCAAUCAAGUGGAUCAAGAACAUGUGCUCUUCCUGGUUCGACACCAAAUGCUGAUCCUGCUAUUCCAGCUCCAGGAUUUUCUUGGAGUCGUAGGCGACUACAUAUUGCUAUAGGCAUAUCAGCAGCUGUGGCAGCGAUGAUAACUUUUUCCGUAACUACAAUAUGUCUCAUUAGAAAAAAAGGUUCAUUUAGUGCCGUCAUAGCAAUGAUCAUCACGCCGAAGAAUUCGCAGCAUGUUGACAGUGUUGAAACAUUUAUGAUGGACUACCAUUCUCUUACUCCAAAGCGUUAUUCAUAUUCAGAUAUCAAGAAAAUGACCAGCUCAUUCGCCAAUAUACUAGGUCAGGGGGGAUUUGGUAAUGUAUACAGAGGAAAGUUACCAGAGGGUCGUCUCGUGGCUGUAAAAGUUCUAAAAGAGUCCAAAGAUGAUGGAGAAGAGUUCAUGAAUGAAGUUGCAAGCAUCAGUAGAACUUCCCACGUGAAUGUAGUUACCCUCUUGGGUUUCUGCUAUGAGAGGAAUAAAAGAGCUUUGAUUUAUGAAUUCAUGCCCAAUGGAUCUUUAGAUAGCUUUAUAUCUGUUAAAGGAUCCCCACAUACAAACUGUCGUUUAGAAUGGAAAAAAUUAUAUGAAAUUGCAGUUGGUAUUGCUAGAGGAUUGGAGUACUUGCAUAGAGGUUGUAACACUCGGAUUGUGCGUUUUGACAUCAAGCCUCACAACAUUCUUCUUGAUGACGAAUUUUGUCCAAAGAUCUCAGAUUUUGGUCUCGCGAAGCUAUGCCAGAGCAAAGUAAGUAAGAUUUCGAUGAUAGGUGCACGAGGGACUGUUGGUUACAUAGCACCUGAAGUAUUCUGCAGAUCUUUUGGAGGAGUAACUUACAAGUCUGGUGUGUAUAGCUAUGGAAUGAUGGUUCUUGAAAUGGUCGCAAAAGACUUUGAUAUGGGAUCGUUGGAAACCAACGAGAUGUAUUUCCCGGAUUGGUUUUAUAUGUAUCUUGAACCAGGAAAGAUUUCAACACUUCAUGGAGGUAUAACGGAAGAGGAAGAAGAGAUUGUUAAAAAGAUGAUCUUAGUGGGUUUGUGGUGCAUCCAAACCAUUCCAUCACAUAGACCAUCAAUGACAAAGGUGGUAGAGAUGUUUGAAGGCAGUCUUCAGUCUUUGCGAAGCCCACCGAGACCGACCUUUUCUUCACCUAGAAGGUCCGCUCAAGAUCACUCUUCCACUGUAUCAUCACUGCCUUGCGUGUCGUCCCAGGGGGGUGGGGUAAACACAUUGUCUGCAGAUGAAAGUGACUUGUAA